UAUUUGGCAGUGGAAGAAAUAAGUGGUGAGAUACGUGUAUUACGUGAAUUGGAUUAUGAACGUCGUACUUCUUAUCAUUUAAUCGCUGUACCCAUUGAUAAACAUUCACAAGGUGAAGCAAUUAAUGUUAUAAUUAAUGUUAUCGAUGAAAAUGAUAAUACGCCAACAUUUCCGGCUACAUCAAUUAAU